CUGAAUUAUGCUUCUUUUUAUUGAAUAAAAAUAAACAAGAUGCAUAUAUUAUUUCUUGAUCCUUGGUCGCAUUUCGAACUCUAGGAUAUUUUCUAUUUAUUAACAUUUCUCGCCAUGGAUCACGAAUAAAAGUCUCCGCAAAAAGAAGAGGGUUAUUUUGGGAAAUAGUACUGUCGGAUCGGAAAUAUCUGUUCGGACCGGGAUGUAUCUUAUAUCAAUCUGCCCCUAUCCCUUAACCUAUCCAAUCCUCCUCUUUCCCCAUCAUCAUGGCCGCCCAAAUUUCCAAGAAGAGAAAAUUUGUCGCUGACGGUGUUUUCUAUGCUGAAUUAAACGAAUUCUUCACUCGUGAACUUGCUGAAGAUGGUUACGCUGGUGUCGAAGUCCGUGUGACUCCUGCCCGUACUGAAAUCAUCAUCCGUGCCACACACACACAAAACGUUCUUGGUGAAAAGGGUCGCCGUAUUCGUGAAUUGACCACUCUUGUUCAAAAGCGUUUCAAGUUCCCUGAAAACGCUGUCGAGCUCUACGCUGAGCGUGUCCAAAACCGUGGUCUCUGUGCCAUUGCUCAAUGUGAGUCUGUCAAGUUCAAGCUUCUCAACGGUUUGGCUGUCCGUCGUGCCUGUUAUGGUGUCAUUCGUUUCGUUAUGGAAUCUGGUGCCAAGGGUUGUGAAGUCGUUGUCUCUGGUAAGGUCCGUGCUGCCCGUGCCAAGGCCAUGAAGUUCGCUGACGGUUUCAUGAUUCACUCUGGUAACCCUGCCCGUGAAUUCAUCACCACCGCCGUUCGUCACGUUGACUUGCGUCAAGGUGUCUUGGGUAUCAAGGUCAAGAUCAUGUUGGACAGCGAUCCUACUGGUCGUAACGGUCCUAAGCAAACUCUUCCUGAUAUUGUUACCAUUCUUGAACCCAAGGAUGAAACUCCCAUCGUUGAACCUUCUGCUCAAGACUUUAGACCUGCUCCUGCUGCUGAACCCGUUGAAGCUCAUUAAAGUGUGAAAUAAAAAAAGAAAGCAAACACACAAAAGAAAAAAAAUGCAUCUACUUUUUUUUAAAAUGAUAACCUGCUGAUAUGUGUGAUAAUAACUGUCAAUUCACCUGACAGCAUUUGCACACAUGUGCACACUUAAUAGCCCAAAAAGAAAUAGGAGUCUUUUUUUUUUUGUUUUGCCGCACUG